GUAAGCUAGGUGAUGCAUGAUUUACCUUUUACAAAACCAUGUUGAUUCUCAUUUAAAAGAGAGAAAUUUGUAGCAUGCAAUGUAAUAGAUUUCUUAACGAUUUUUUCAAGUGUUUUGCAAACAAUUAAGGUGAGAGCAAUAGGUCGAUAAUUCUGGACAACAGAGGGAUUCCCACCUUUUAAAACAGGCAAAACAGUUGAAUGCUUCCAGGCUUUAGGCAAUGUACCUGAGAGGAGAGAAAUUCGAAAAAUAUAAAAAAGGGGAAAUGAGAUAAAAGUUGAGAUCUUAUGCAAGAGUCUAGGAGAAAGUUGGUCAGGACCAGGGGAGGAUGAAACAGAAAAAGAGCAAAUAGCAGAGUCGACAUCUUCAGGGGUAAACUGGAUGUUUGUUAAUGCAGGGAUGCCAAUAUCAAAAUCAAGAUGCCCGGAUACCGGAUGAGGAGUUGAUUGCAGUUACAUUGAUUUAGACCGUUCAAUCAUACAAACACUUGGUUAUUGUUUGGUAAGAAGUCUACAAAAACCACGCUCGGAUGUUAAUCAGCAGGAUGCAGACCAUGAAGCAAAAUGCAUGCGAAUUCAACGUAUGGUACUUGCAGCCAUAUUUGAUUUUGUAUGCAAUUCAGACAGCAAGAAAGAUCUUUUACUUGAGGAAUGUCCUUUAUUUAUUGAAGUUCUUCUUCAGCUUUUUCAAAAUACCAAAUGUAAAGAGGUGAUGCGUUAUGGUAUAUUUGUUAUUCAUCAAUUAAGUUUGCAUGACACAAUGUGUGAGAAACUCCUUAAAAAAAAUACUUUGCAAGUAAUACCUGUAAUGGCCAGACGUCAAACUGGGGACAUCAUUCUACAAAAACUUUGCCUUCAAAUGCUUGUCGUCCUCAUUAAUACCCUCCAAAGAGAAACUAGGCAUGGUUUGCAGCAGAUAGCUCGAUGUGGGAUUUUGAUUCCGGCAGUAGCAUGUCUGAAAUCUGAUGAUGCUGAGCUUGUUUACUGGGCUGCAGCUCUUAUUCAUGAAUUUUCUGUUGCUGAUGUACUUCGCAAUGAGAUAUGCCAGAUCCCAUUUCUGAUCGAGAGCUUACAGAAGGCGCUUCAGACAGGUGGUGAGGCUCCCCUUCAGAGGCUCAUUCUCCGAGUUAUAUGCUUUCUGGCCCUUCAUAAUGAUCAUUUUAAACUGUCGCUGAUCAACCAAAAGGGUCUGAUUGAGCGUAUCCCAGUAUGCCUUGCUAGCGGGGAAAAGGAAGUAAUUCAUUGGUCUCUUGUUUUGGUGCAUGAUAUUGCCAUGAUAGGCAAAAAAGCUCUGGAAAAUCUUCUGAAUUUCACCAAUGAUAAGAUAAUUGAAUCUAUUAUGAGUGUAAUAAGGAUGGAUGACUCAGUUUUGCUUCGUCUACUUGCUGAAACGUUUGGCUUUUUCUGUUCAUGUGAAACUCUUCAUCUACGUGUUGUGAAGGCUGGGGCAUUAGCUGGUAUAUUGAAGUUGUCUGAGAUGCAUGAUCCUGACCUGGUGUUCUGGUCUGCAGCAUUACUCCUUAACCUUGCAAUGACAUCAGAUGAGGUGAAAGUUCUUAUUUUACAAGCUGGUGGAUUACACACACUAAUGGAACUAGCUCUUGGCGACUAUGACAACAGUCAGGUGACCACUAUGGCUGCCAAAACUCUUGCUAUGAUGGGAUAUGUAGAGGGUGCACUUCGUGUUAAAGUUCAUUGUAAUAUGGAUACUGCAAGGGUUUCUAUCAUUGACAAGGAAUACAACUUGGACUCUCCGGGGAUUAGCGUUAUGAUGUGGGAUACAUUACACAGCUCUGAAUCAAUUUAUCAAAGCUUCAACUCCAAAUCAGAUGAAGCAAUACCCAUCAAGAUACCCUGUCUCGAGGAAGCCGGACCAAAUGCUAUAGGCAACCUUGUAUUUCUAAUUAUUCGAGGAGAAUAUGGACGAAAACUUCUCAGAGACCUAAAGGAAACCUUGAAAUUCAGUGAUCACACCUCAGUCACUGGUACACUGACCUCUGACCUGUUAACUCUUCCUGCCAGCCAUGUUUGCAUCAUUGUGAGUGUAUUAGAUGAUGACAAGAAACUGGAUGUUUGGCAUAUUAGCAAGAACACUCAAGCAACUGAUCUGCAGCUACAGUUCCCUUAUGCAAGUAUUGUCAAGAACCGUGUUGUCAGAUUAGUCUUGGAACCAGAAAUUAAACUUCUACUAUCUGUGUCACUUACCAGUCCAAUCAGUCGUGUUUCCAGUCUGGAACUCCUUGAGAUACUAGCUCGACCUGAUAGUCACAGUGUGAUUCUUCUGCAAUACCAGGAUCUUGUACAACAUUUGACUACUCCUAUUUGGUAUUGUUCCAAAAAAGGUUUAGAUGAGAGCCAGGGAGAACCUGUUCUUGUAGCACAUUGUGUUGGAGCGCUGAAACUAUUACUAGUGCUUACUGUACAUGAUCAGUAUCGCAAAAGCAUUCUCCUGCAGGACACUGUUAAUGCUGUCACAUCAUUGCUGUAUGAUCUUGUUAGUAUCUGGCUCACUUCCACUCUGGAAGGGAGUCUACCAAUUAACAGACCAUUCAGUAGGGCUGGACGAGAGUCUAAUGUUGUCAGCAGCUUGUACUUUUCUGAAGCAAGACAUGAUAGUUUAGCAGACAGCAUUAGUGUAGACAGCAUCCAGGAUACAAUUUCUACAAUAUCAAGUAUUAUCCAGACAUACAGACCAGUUGCCAUGAUUGGAGAGGCAGAUCCAGAUCAACAAGCGAGGGCAGCACAAGUAGAAUAUGAUAAUGGAAACAGUAGAAUGUCAGAGUUGCCAGGAGGUUUUCCACGAAGCCAGCAUGCGGACAUUUACACAUCAUUAACCCAACAUUCCAUUCAGUUUCUGGUAAAUCUAGCAGCAAUACAGGACCAAGACUUAUUUAAGGUUGUUCAGAUGAUGUUGAUUAAAACAGGAACUGCUCAUCUUCUGUGGGCUUUGCUUCUUCUCAGUCAAGACAAUUUAAAGAAUUCUAUUAGUCUUGCUAUUUCGUCAACUUUGUCACUGUUGUCAGCAGUAGACCUAAGCUCUUCAGCGAACAAUACCGUGCGAUUGGAUCUCACUACUAAAACGCCGGCUCUGAUCUUUAGCGCAAAUGCACUGGAAGUGCGCAAUGAUAGCUGGACAUUUGAAAGCAUUCUGGCCAAUGUUGCUGUACCGAGUCAAGGAUUAAUUUUACCAAAUGGAUGGUACUUUGAGGUUGAACUACGAUCUUCAGGAAUAGUACAGAUUGGUUUUGCAACUAAACAUUCUGCAUUAGAGCCAGAAAAAGGAAUUGGUAUUGGAGAUGAUACUGAAUCUUAUGCGUUUGAUGGGGCUCGAUGUAAACUCUGGAGUGGACCAAUCACAGAACUGAUGAGCAACGACUAUGGAAUGCAGUGGCAAGAAGGUGACAUCAUCAGCUGCUUGAUUGACAAGCAUGGGAACAUCUCUUAUUGGCUAAGAGGAUUGAAUAUGGGUGUGGCCUUUGUAGAUAUAGAUCUGAAGAGAUGCUUCUACCCAGCAUGCUCUUUAUCAACCAAUCAGGAAAUUGCUUUUAAUUUUGGUGACAGGCCUUUCAGGUAUGCUAACAUUAUGCCCGUCGGUUACGUUGCUUACCGCGAAAUCAUCUCCACACCUGUUUCAUUUUCAUCUCGUUACCAUGACGUGCCUGGAGUUUCCUGGUGGAUUCCUUUUGAAGACCUCGACGAUAAGGAUGCAUUUGAUGAGGAAGAGGAGGACAUUAUUCUGACAGAAGACCUUGAAGAUGAAACAUUGAUUGGAGAGGUUAAUGGAUGUGGAGAAGAAAUGGCCAUCUGGACGGACCAGGAUGAGGAGAUUCUUAUCAAGGAUAGUAUGACAGAAAUGGGAGGAGGAGACAAACAAGGUGCCAUACCGUUUAAGAAUGAUGGUGGAGAGAUCCUUUCCAAAGUGGAUUCUGAGACUACAUCUUCACCUGGUGAAGUGGAUCAAGAACUUGCAAGAGAUUCUCCCACUCUUGCAGCUUCUAAUGAAACAUCUCUUAACUGCCCUGAUCAUGUCACGAUAAACCCUGAAAAUGAAAAACAUCCAAAGGAAUGCUUUGACAAUAAUGAUAUUGACACUAAUCAACCAAUCAGAGAUGUGCAAAGUUCAUUAGCUGGUGAUGAGUAUCCAGAUCCUUCGUUGUAUUUUGAAGUAUUAGUGACUGCAGACUCACCUAACUCUGUGAUUGUUGGAUACACAAGUAUUGAUGGUAUGGACCAAGUUUGUGUUAUCUAUAGCACAGAUGGAACACUACAACUACCAGAUGACAGUACUAUUCAGUGUAAAGUGAAUGGAAACACAACCCUUGGAUGUGGGCUGCUGCUACCUCCUGGAUCCAUAUUCUUUACAAUCAAUGGACAUCCAAUAAAGCGACUGUUUUCUUUUGUUAAUGAAGAAGUUGGGACAUCUCCACUUGUACCGAUCACAAACACAACAUUACUGGACUUCAAUUUCGGAAACAGAUUGUUUUUGUAUAGUUCACCAAACCAUCUGGAACAGAGGAUCUCAAUGGCAGCAAUCUUGCAUGAUUUCCAGCAAAAUAGGACAGUAGAGACUCGUGGUUACACGGAACAGGCUGGAAAAGAUUAGGAAUCUGUCCAGAUAAUGAUGCAAAAUUAAUAGGACAAUAGAGGCUGGCGGUUGCACGGAACAGGCUAAAAAAGAUUGGGAAUCUGUCCAGAUAAUGAUGCAAAAUUAAUAGGACAAUAGAGACUAGCAGUUGCAUGGAACUGGCUAAAAAAGAUUGGGAAUUUGUCCAGAUAAUGAUGCUACAUACUGACAUACACAACUGAGUUGAAGAAAUAUUAGGUGCUGAGUGCCUAACAUUUUAUGCACCCUGGUGAGCAAAUUGUUUAUCACACAUCAGGAGCGCUGAUAAGAAAAUGUACAGAACUAGAAAUUCACAUUGGCAUAAACAAGACAAAACAAAUAGAUUAUACCAUUUGAAAUCACUAUAAUGUACCAUUUUUUUAAAUUAAAAAACUAUAUUGAAUGGUGUUAAGGCUAAAAACAGAUCUAUUUAAGAAACAAUGGUAAUGGAAUAAUAAUAAUAAUAAUUUAUUUGGAUAUGCACUUUUGAAUCAGUGGCACUCAACCACAGGGGUGGUGCAUCCUAUCAAGAAAAUAUAUAAAAAUUACAAUCAAAAAGAAAGACAUCAAAAAAACAAGAUAAUCAAAUUAGCUAAAACUAAAAGAGAAAAUAUUUCAACAAUACUCAUUAGUACAAAGGUCACUGGUGAUAAAAUACUCCCAUACAUUUAGGCAAUCAGUAUUAACUAGCAUAUUUUCUAAAACAUGAUAUUCUUCAAUUCUAAUGGUGUUUAGUUGAUUACAUGUGAAUAAAAAAUGUUGUAUAUCUUCAACACCAUUAUUACGCAAUUGGCAGUGCCAUCACUAUUGGGUACCCAUUUACAGCUCCUAUGUCCUAAUUGAAGAGUAUUUGACCUCAUUUUGAAUUUUAGGCUUGCACCCAUAAAAUCUGUCUGGCCAAGUAAAUAUUUUUCCAUAUUCAGACUGCUCUUAAUUGAAGAAUAUUCAAAAGUGACAAUUUUCUUAACAUUUCGCUAUUCCAAAAAGAAACAUAUGAAUCAAGAAUGAACUCUUUGAAAUCGUUAACCCAACACAUAUCGGAUGCAACUCCAAGUCAUGAAUUUUCAAAGAUUGAACCAAUUUCCAACAUUAUAUCAGUACAAGUCUUAAUGAAACUAGAGAGCAGUUUAUAGCAUGGCUCAUCAAUACUAUUUAGACUACGGGAUGUAUUAAGCAUAAAGUUUGGCCAUCUAUGCUUAUCUAAAUUCAUUACAUGAUUAAUGUAUUUAGCUCUAAGUAUGUCCCAGCCUAGGUCCCCAUAUAGAGCUUCUUCUGGUGUGUUUCUGGAUGCUUUAAGGACAUAUCGUGCCAUUUGACGUAAUUUUGUCAAUGUCCUUUUGGCUUUUGCUAAUCCACACUGAACAAGCAUAGAAUAUAUUAAUACAAAAAUGAGUAAAGCCAUGGAUUCUUAUCAUACAUGAUUACAUAACCAUGUAAGAUAAUCUCUUUAGUACUGGGGUCCCAAAUCCCCCAGCAGUCGCUGGAGUCUCCUGGAAAUCGGGACAGCCUUCCGCAAGCAAGCAAGAAUCUACAAAAAGAACACAUAAUUUAGUUUAUAUACCGUCAUUUAAACUUUGAAUUGUGGAUUUUUUUGCAGUCCGACGUGAAUAAAAUGAAGUGUUCCUUAUUUGAUCGAUUAAUAUAAAUUAUGCUUUAAAGGUGUACUGUCUGCCACAGAAUUUGGGUAAAAUUCAAAAAUGCAAUUAAAAUUGAAUAGGUACUUUAAAGGAUCAAAUAAGUUACUAACCACAAACAAAGUUUUAAAAAUAAAGUGUUAGGCUGAUUUCAGAUAAUUUAAUCCAAAAAUCUUUGUUGGUUACCAUAAGGGGGUAUGCAAAUAUUAUAAAAAAUGUACUAUAUAACUAUAUAAAUUGACAGGAAAAUGUUUAUUCAUUCAAAUUUUAAUUUUGGUUUUUUGUUUUUUUUUUUUGCUCAAGACAGAGUACAUAAUUAUUUAUUUCUUCAACAUUUCUAUCACAAUGUUGAAGAAAUUCUGUAUUCAAAUGAAAAACUGUGAGUUGCAGUUGUCAUAAGCCAUCAUCACAUUUAUGAACUUUACAAUAAUUAUUUGUUAAUUUAUUCUGGCCAUAGUUUGACUAGGAUAUUCUGCCACUGUUAUUGUAUUUGUAUUUGGGCUUAUUUUUGUGAUGUGAAUAUUGUAAAUACAUUUACUGAAACACAA